AUGUCGCCCUCUUUUGACUCAACCACUGUCACCUCAUCUCAGACUCAACGUUUGUCAGUCGUUGUGACCGGCGGCGCAAGUGGCAUUGGUUUGGCUAUAACCCGUCACUUCGCUUCCCAGGGUCACAUGGUGGCCGUGCUCGACGUAAGCUCAAAGACAGGCCCUGAUGUUGUUGCGGAAGUGUCAAAGCAGUACCCCCAAGCGAAGCUGAGUUUCAAAUGGUGCGAUGUAUCAUCUUGGGAAGGGCAGUACGCAGUCUUCGAACAAGUGUAUCGUGAGCACGAGACUCGAAUCGACAUUGUCAUUGCCAAUGCGGGAAUUUCUGAUCCUAUAGUCGGAGCCCUCGAUUGCACUCCGACAGAGUUUCCCCGGAAGCCGAACCUGAGGAUGCAAGAUAUCAAUCUGAAUGGAGUAAUUUACAGUGUUGGGCUUGCCGUGCAUUAUAUGCUCAAGAACAAGGUUGGAAGUCGUCUCCCAAAUUCGAGAGGCUCCAUCGUUUGCACAUCAUCAUCCGCAGCCAUCUAUCCGUUCCCAGUUUCACCACUCUAUUCCGCAUCCAAGGCCGGCAUUAUAGGAUUGGUUCGUUCGAUGGCUGUCAGGCUUGAAGAACGAAAGAUCCAAAUUAACGCUCUUGCACCUGGAGUAUUGGAAACAAAUAUCACUCCGGAUAAGGAACUCUUUAAGGCAAUGAUAAUCACACCAAUCUCAACCUUGACAAGAGCUGUUUCGCAAUUUGUGACAGACCCUUCCAGGACUGGUCAGGUGGCUGAACUGAACGAGGAAACCAUUACACUGAGACCCCAUGCGGAUUAUGCUGAUGCUGGGGCGGAGCAUAAUAACAAGAUGUUUUACAAAUUAGGUCAUGCUUGA